AUGCCGGAUACGCAGAUUGUCAUUGAUGACGAGCUUAUGGAUUACGAAUGCUGCGUCGAUUCCCCCAGGAAUCACUACAUGGUCUGUGAUGCUUCGAAGCAUUUCCUUUCGAUUUCUGAUCCAGUUCGACCUGCUGCAGGGAAUCUCUUCCUUACAUCUGGGUCUUCUCGAAUGAUGGCAGGGCCUGUUGAUACUUCGGGGCCUGCCUUGGAUGCCAAACCGGGCGAUGACUUCUGGCCUGAGGAGCCUGACAGCCAGCCUAGGGAGGAGUCACCUUUUUUUGGAGAAUUUCCACCUGACGCCGAAGUGGCUGACACCCAGAUCGACACUCCAGAGAAGUCUCCCCGACCAGCUUUUGUGAGAAAGCGCCGAAAUUGGUGGGAUGAUAUGGCUUCGCCUCCUUUGCCUUCUACACCAGUGCAUUCCCAUGGAGACCGCGCCAGCUAUGCCCCCGAUGACGAGGAGACAAAGACUAUGAAUGAUGGUUUGGAGUCGCAGUCCGUACCCAUGGAUCCCACGCCUGAGGAACCUGUGCACCCAAAGUCCGUACCCAUGGGUCCCAAGCUUGACGUGAGCCCCGAGACCGGCCUCCCAUGGGUGUUACCACAGGUUCCUAUGGAUGACGCUGUGGAGGACCUGGUGCAUGACCCCAAACCUGUUGAAAAUCUUGGCGAUGGUGAGGCUCCCAAGCCGGAUGAUUCCAAGCCGGGGGUUUCCAAGCCCAAGUGCAAAGCGAAGAGCAGCGCCAAGAGCAAGGCAAAGAACAAGGCUUUGAAGCCACCGAAGGUUUUGACAGAGGAGCAAAAGCAGCAGAAACGUUUCAAUAGCCAAAUCUGGCACACCAAGUGGGUCAGCAAAGGAGUUCCAAAGAUCCCCAAGAACCCUACGCCUGCUGAUGCUGGUGCUCCUGGCGCCCGCUCUUCCUCCAGUAGCUCGCCGACUGACUUGACAGGAUCCCUGAGUGCAGCCCGUGACCAAUUCAUCAAAAGUUGGAUUGAAGGCUCCGGCUUACCAAAGUCCAACGAUCGUCGCAAGCGUGCUUUGGAAGCAUGGAUGGCCAGUUCCCGCCGUGCUGAACUUAUGGCUGCACGCUCUGGACGAGAACGCCCCGUGAAGAGAAGCGCUCCGAAUCGCUCCAGGGCGCCGCCUGAGCCCAAUGAGGGGCCAAGGGCCACAAGGAAGUCCUCUCAAGCAACAGGCACCCUCGUUGGCACGGUGUCAUCCGAGGAGGCGCACCCCCGAGGGGAGUCUGCCAUGAAGAUGGACAGUGAGGACGAGAACAAAUCUCGAAAACGCCUCCGCAGGGAGAGAAGGAGAGAUUUUGAGAAGUUUUUGAGAGCAGAGGUUCUCACCGGAGGCGUGCCGCUGCGCAAGGUGGGAAGGUACAUCAUGCAAAACCUUGGGCUGCUGCACACCAAAUUUGGGCAGCUGGUUGACAAGUUGGAGGAAGCCGCUGAGGACACGGUCAGGGCGUCGGGGCCCGCAGCCCCAGACUUGCUGCCCAUUUCGGUGGUAGCAGUUCAGGAGACCACCAUUGCUAGCUGCCCGGAGGUAAAGGAUUGGAUGGCACUUACAUGCCUGUGCCUGAAUUUCUGGUAUUGCACCGGGUGGGAGAGGCCAUCUCAUACCUCGCACCCGAGAGAGUUUACCUCGACCCAGAAAGAAUUUCUGGGAUGUCACUUGGGGCCGGCGAUAGAGAGGAUGCUGGAGGGGGAACCAUUGAUUCCAGCAUACGAUCAACUAGAGCAGGUCCUUUCAAUGAAAGGGCAAGACUAUGAAGGAAACACGUGGGUUGUUAUGGAACAACUCGAAGCGACGAAGGUCACCCGGUGCUGGCCGGAGGAAGGAAAGGCUGCUGUUCAACCAUUGGAACGGUUUCUUCAAGGGUGGACCAAGGAGCUAGUGGAGAUGCCCAGGAUGACGAUUUUGCCGUAUGAGGAGUGGCCUGAGGAGAUCCCCCAGUCCUACGUGAGAGCUUCAACGUCGGAGUGGGAGCUCAUUGUAGCCGAGGGGUUCAAGAGAGGGCUCUUCCAGCAUUGCCCGGAGGAUGAAGUGCUUGUGGGGCCAGCUGGUGAAAAGAUCCUUAACGGCGCAGGGGCAGUGCCGAAGGAGAAACAUGGAGAGGUGCUGCAGCGCUUUAUAUCUAUCUUUUGCCCGCUGAAUGCGGUGUCAAGGAAGAUUGAAGGCGAGGAAGGGAGCCUGCCGUACGUGGGGCAGGUUUCGCUGAUCAAUGUGCCCCAGGAGGCCUCUAUCCUGAUUGACUCCGAAGAUUUGGAGAGCGCCUUCAACCUCUUUGAGAUGCCGCUCGGAUGGCGGGGUCUCUUUUGUUAUGAGAAAAAGGUCAGAGGCGAAGUACUCGGCCUUCAGACACAAGAGGAAGUGUAUGUGGCCCUGCGCACAGUCCCGAUGGGCUGGAUUUCGGCGGUGGGCGUUGUGCAAGCGGCCAUUCGCCAUUUGGCCUUUGAAGUGGCCAAGUUGCCCCCGGAAGGGGAGUUGCAAAAAGGAAAACCGAUCCCGGAAGGCGACAAAUUCCUAUUAUAUUUGGACUCGGUGGACCAGCUGAGGGUGGUUGACCGAACCUGCCGUGCGGUCCUGGAAGGGACACCCUCAGAGGAGCACGAGCGUUUUGAGGCGGCCUGCAACCAGAUGGGGCUGCCGCGAAACCAUGGGAAGGCCUUAGCAGGGGCCUUGCGUGGAAGCAUCCAGGGUGGAGAGCUUCGCGGAGACGAAGGCAUCUUCAUGCUCCACCCAAAGAAGAUGCACCAGAAUGUGGCCUUAUGUCUAGCGCUGCUGGCCACACAAUCCUGGGAUCAGCGGAGGACGUCAGGCAUCAUUGGUUUUGCUGGCGCCUUCCGCCGGCCGUUGCUGGCCUGUCUGUCGGAGGUCUUCCAUCACUUUGGACAGGGGGAGGAGAAAACCCCAUCUGAUGGAGCCUAUGAUGAAAUCAUGGGAAUGGUUGGUUUGCUUCCACUAGCCUUUACCAACCUGAAGGCCAAGGUGGACCCGGUUCUGCACGCCACCGAUGCUUCACCAACGGGAGCUGGCAGUUGCACAGCAAAACAAAUCAAAAGGAAGCCAGGCGUGGCCAACUCAGCGGACCUGACCUGCGGUGAGUGUGGCCGAGACAUCACCGAGAUGAUGGCCACAGCUGAGGAGAUUGACUGCCCCAAGAAAUGUGGCGGUCACUUCUGUGGAUUGAAAUGCUACCUGAAGCAUCGCAGUGGGUGCCCAAUGAAGAGACUUGGGGUGCCGUGCUUCAGCGAGCGGUGGAGCGGGCCUGGAGCCCCCCUCACGGUGGCAAUGUUGAGGAGAGGAUUUGAUGUCUUGCCCCCUUAUGAUGUGCAAAGGGGAGAACACAUGGACUAUUUCACUGAGCGUGGAAAAGAGACGUGGAGGCAACUGGAUGAGGACGAUCCGGAUUAUGAGCACCACGCUCCGGACUACAAGACCUUCUCAAGAGCCAGAGGAAGGCCCUUCUACAUUGACGGCAAGAGGUACGAGGGACCUCGAGCAUUGAGAGAUGAUUCGAAUGUGAUGGGCUUCCGCAACCUGAAAGGAGCUGAAGCUGUGAAGGUCAGGCAGGGAAAUAAGAUGGCCUUGCAAUCAAUCAAGCGCUGCGAGGACCUGCAUGACCACCAGAAGUUCUUCAGUCUGGAGCACCCGUACGGAAGCUUCAUCUGGAAUUUGAACAAAAUGAAAGAAUUGGCAGAGCGCGCAGGAGUCCACCUCACAGUAUUCAGCAACUGCUGUUUUGGUGGGGCGCGAGAGAAGUGGACGUGUAUCAUCACCAACAACCGAGGAAUCCAUGAGGCGCUAGAGCGUAGGGAGUGCCCCCACUUGGUGGUCGGUUUUUAG